UCCAUUAUGCCCUGUGAAGGCCUGUGAUGCCCAUUCAUUCACCAUACUGCCCUGGCGGCCCAGAAGAGGGGCUGUCCAUGUCUGGGAAUCUGCAGUCAUGACAGGAGUCAAGGUCAUACCGGGAGGAAAGACGAGUUUUGGAGUCGCCAGAGCAGCACUGGUCGAAGCCGGUGCUGCUUUGGUCUUCUUGGACUCUCCGGAAUCGGUCUUCUUCCUACUCUUUGUCUUGCCGGGUUGGGCAGCAGAAGACUUGGGGGGGUUUUUGUAGUCAAUUUCGAUGUUUCGAAGGGCAUACCUCCAAGCUUGUUGGACAGCCGGGUCUUCAACUCCGCUUGACUUUCUUGACUGCCGAAACUCGUGUAGAACUUCAUGUUUGGCGAUUCGAAAGGUGGAGAUGAAGUCGCACCAGCGGCGGAUUUCAAGGGGACGGUCUGCGGAGUUCUUCAACUUGAGGCGGGGAAUCUGCUUUGCCAACCACUCGGAAGAAAUUGUCAGGACAUUCUGGUCAGUGAUGGUUCCUUCUUGUCUAUUCUUUCUCAGAAGAUCUUCGACGUGGUCCUGGGAUAUACGGCCAAGUUCCUGGAUGGACUCGAACCCCAAGACUGCAAGUAGUUCUGAAAUCGUCAUGAUGUAUAUGGCAGAGUUCUUCCCCCAAAACUGAGAAAGUGUUGGCGGGAGGAGCGACGAGGAGCAGGAACAGUAAUGCAAUGCGCGAAGGGAAGGGGG